GCGUAAAAUCGAAGAAGAAGAAGAAGAAGAUGCGUCGAUCGGCGAGCGCCUCCAUAGUUUCCGACCAACUCUCAGCGAAUUCACCGUCACCAUCACCAUCUCCGCCGCGAAUUAAAACCGCCUCAGAUUCAGAUGAUAGCCACCUUCUUUUACCUAGGUACGAUCCCAACUCUCAUCCCGGGAAAAAGAACAAAUCGCGAUUCAGAUCCGCCGAGAACGCUAUCCAUUUCAUUCCAAUCGUACUCAUUCUCUGCGCCGUUAUACUCUGGUUGUUUUCGAAUCCAGUAGCAAUGAUCAAACAAUGAAGAUUACAUGGUGGAAGACAGAUUUUGAUUAGGUCAAGCUUACUCUGUUCUUGUUGAGACAACACAUUAGCAUAAACGAAUUAGAUUGUA